AGCGACCUCAGGCUUGCACUGCACUUCCACCCUGAAGGUCUGAAUCUAUAACAAUUUCAGUCUCUCUCACUUAAACAACCUCUGAGCAUCACUGUGUUCAUCCUUCAAAGUGCUGGACUCCGCUUAUCUACCUCAAGACCCGCUUACUACAUAGCACGCGGAGCCUGACUAACACUUCAAGGUCGACGCGUAUUCCUCUAACUUAAACUCGUAAGGACAUUUUAAAGGUGCCGAUACAUGAUUUUAUUAACCCGUUCCUUUUUAUUAUAGAGGAUUGCUUCUUCAUCAUUCCGCCGUAUUCUGAACACAACUUACAACCCACAUAGCCUUGAACCGCCUACCUUCAGUGCCGUUCGACUACAAAUCUCACCCUCGCCCUCUACAUCCGCGUUAGGACUAGAAUAUCAUACCAUCCAAGCAUGAGCGUAGCUGCUCCUGUACCCAGCGUACACGAAUCCCUCUCAAGUGUAAAUGACCUACUCGCAUCCCACUACGCGCUACUCACGCGUCUACGUAACGAGCAAAAAGCGCGUAUACGGGAUCUACGUUCAUUACCUGUGCCUGCCCUUUUCAAUGUCGCAACCAAAGCUACAAACGACUCUUCUUUGUCGCCCUCCCGUUCACCAACACACUCGCCAGCCCUUUCACUGAAGGAACAACGACAAGAAGAUCCGUUCAAUUUCCCUCGCAUACCUUCGCCCUCACCCUCACCUCAACCUGCCAUAUCUCCUUCAGACUCACCACACCCAUCUCAGAAACAGUUACCGCAAUUGCCUCAAAAACCGCGAGCGUUUAGAGGGGACCUUCCCCCAGCGAAGAGAGCUCGAGUAGCGAGAUAUGCGAAUUACGUGCCUGAGGAAGAGACGAUUAGGAAUGACUAUAGUCAGCGGUACGUUGACGGUGGGGAAUGGCCCCAGGAUUGGGUGUUGGGCGCAGAUCCGGAUAAGAGGUUUGAGGAGUAUCCGAAACAACAAAAACUACUCGGACUGAAGAAAGCUGCCGUUGCAUCACAUGCGCUUCCACCGACAUACCUUCCUUUCUCUCAACUUUCCACUCUCAUCAAUCCCUCACAAUCGAUUUCCUCUGCUCCUCUAGCACAACCACAACCACUGUCCUCUUCAGCUUCUUCCUCGGCAUCACCCUCGCCCAACAGUACACCUCUUCCCGUCGCGCAAGCUUCAUCCAAUAUCUCAUUAUCUCCCACCUCAACAAUGCAAACUCUGCCUGCAUCCAUCCACAUGACGCCAGCAAAGUUUGAUGUAAUCCUCAUCGACCCACCCUUCAGUUCAUCCUUCACCUGGGAGUCCCUCCAAGACCUUCCCAUACCAUCCCUAGCCGCUGACCCUUCGUUCAUCUUUCUUUGGGUCGGCAGUGGGUCGGGGGAGGGAUUAGAGAGGGGUAGAGAGGUAUUGGCGAAAUGGGGUUUUAGACGGUGUGAGGAUAUUGUUUGGGUUAGGACGAAUCAUGACAGUAAUAAGGGACCAGGGACGGAUCCGCCGACGACUUCAUUGCUUACCAGGACGAAACAACAUUGUCUCAUGGGAAUCCGAGGCACAGUACGUCGUUCAACGGACAACUGGUUUGUGCACUGUAACGUCGACACGGACGUGAUGAUCUGGGAAGGCGACCCAACAGACCCAACCCUGAAGCCACCCGAGAUGUACACGCUCAUCGAGAAUUUCUGUCUGGGUCUUCGCCGUCUCGAACUUUUUGGUCGUGCACGUACCCUCCGUCGAGGAUGGGUCUCAGUGCUUGCCGAGGGCGAAGAGGACAGGGUGGACGAUGACCCAAUGCUCAUCGACUCCGCCUCUAUAUCUGCUGAGAGAGGCGAUGCAACGGAGACCAUGGCACCAGUGAAAUGGAAUCGCGACCACUGGGAAGCCCAGAUCAAAGAGCUUUCACAGGGUGGUAAACCAGUCGUACCUCAAACUUCAGAAAUUGAAACUCUCAGACCUAAGUCUCCCGUACGAGGUGGUUCUGCAGCUUCCAAUGCCCUUCCCUCAAAUCCGCACUCGCAUAACUUACCCAACCUACCACAUAAUCCUAUGCUACCCAUGCCUCCGAUGCAAUCCAUGUCACAUAUGUCUCAACUACCUGCGAACCCAAUGACUGGGAUGUCAAUGGGUGGGUUGAGUGGGAACGUACCUCUGGGAAACCGAGGUGGUGGCGGCGGAGGGAGAAUGGGCGGGAUGAGCGGAAUGGGCCCUCCGCCUGUCCCUGUCCAGGUUGGUGGAGGUGCGAACAAUAUGUUGGGUAUGGGUGGCAUGGGGGGCAUGGACCCUAGCUUGAUGUGGACAUCGAAUAUGAUGCCCAUGCAAGGUGGAAUGGGCAUGAACAUGGGCGGCAUGGGGAAUAUGCAAGGAGGAAUGGGUAUGAACAGUAUGGGUAUGAUGGGUAUGAACCAACAAGGCGGUGGUGGGAUGUGGGAUGCUAAUGGCAAUCCUCUCGGGGAUGGGAUGAUGGGGAUGGGAGGAAUGGGAGGAAUGGGUAUGAAUACUAUGGGUGGCGGAAUGGGUGGGAUGGGGGGUAUGAAUUCGAUGUCAGGCAUGGGUGGAAUGGGUGGAGGUAUGAGUGGUAUGGGUAAUAUGGGUGGGAUGAGCGGGAUGAGUCCGAACGUGGGCGACAUGGGCCUUCCAGUCAUGCCCGGAAUGAACGUGAACCCGAACAUGGGCUCGAGGAUGGGUAUGAACAUGGGCAUGAGUCAUGGUCAUGGUCAAUGGAGUUAAGCAUUAUCUAUUCAUGUUCGCCUGCACUCACCGUUCGCAAGGUGAUUGUCUCCGUUCUUUUGGGGAUUUAGCUAGACAUGUGGACUUUUGUAUUAGUUGUUUUUCCCUUGAUGUCGAUAUCACUGUAGUAUUUCAUAUUCUUGUGUUAGUGGGUGGUUGGAUGGUAUUUCUUUCUCCCUUUUUCGUCCCCACUGCCGAAGCGUUCAAUAAUGUCCUUGGCAGGUCGCCGAUCAGCGAAUUUGUUCACCACCAACGCCCACAAUGUGUCAAACAAGUAAGAUGUUCAAAGAUGGACAGCAUACAUUCCCUCUAGAUUACAUACACUGUAAGAUACAUUAUGAGGCUAGGUUUUCA